UUUAUAAUUUUAACAUACAGACAAUUGGUCUCAGAAAUAUUUAGAUACUGCAAAUGAGCCAAAUUCGGAUUAUUCUUCGUGUACUCUUACACUAGCAGGAUGAGUUUCUUUAGGACCUUCAACUGGGGACUUAACCGUCUGACAACCAUGGCCCAGACACCACAAAGGACACAUCAACCCAAUCUGGAGCAAUACCAAAAACGUGAAGGUUCUACACAUGACACAAUUCGAUUGCCAUUGAAUAUUGUUUUCUCGGCCAAGUACAAUAAGGCUCUGGCUUUUACUUUAGAGGAACGUCAGAGGUUGAAUAUUCAUGGUCUCCUCCCCGCCUCCGUUCGCACCUGUCGGGAUCAAAUGUACGCCAUUGAGACCAACUUCCAUUCGUUUGAGACAAAUGUGGAAAAAUAUCGAUAUUUGAGGACAAUGCGACAGAGCAACGAGCGAAUGUAUUUCCAAUUUGUAUCCGAUCACAUAGCUUUGGUCCUGCCCAUUAUCUAUACACCAACGGUGGGCGUGGCCUGCACUAUCUACGGCAUGCUGUAUCGGGAAAUAACUGGGCUUUAUAUAACCAAACACGAUCGUGGACAUAUGUCGCAGGUUCUCUCCAAUUGGCCGAAAUGUAGGGAAAUAUCUGCAAUCUGUGUGACCGAUGGUGAACGUAUCUUGGGUCUAGGCGAUCUCGGUGCCAAUGGAAUGGGCAUAUCAAUUGGAAAAAUGGAUCUUUACACAUCCUUGGCUGGCAUUCCGCCAUGUAAACUCCUACCCAUUUGUUUGGAUGUGGGCACUGAGAAUCCUGUGCUCCACCAGGAUCCCCUGUAUAUAGGUCUGCGUGAAAAGCGGCUAAAGGGUGUGGAGUAUGAUGCCUUCAUCGAUGAGUUCAUGCAGUCCGUGGUGGAGACCUUUGGGAGUCAAACUCUCAUUCACUUUGAGGACUUUGCCACACCGAAUGCCUUCAAGUUUUUGAAAAAAUAUCAGAAUUGUUAUUGCAAAUUCAACGAUGAUAUUCAAGGUACGGCGGCUGUGGGUGUGGCCGGUUUGCUGGGCAUCCAACGGAUGACCAAGGUGCCGCUGCAGGACCAUGUGAUCCUCUUCGUGGGAGCUGGCAGCGCUGCCAUGGGUAUUUGCGGACUGCUCCAGAAGGAGCUGAUGUCCCGUGGACUCAGCGAAAAGGACACUGCGAAGAAUAUAUACAUCACCGACCAAGAUGGUCUAAUAACCAAGGAGAAAAAGAACCUGUCGGCUGAUCUUCAGGCAUUUGCCAAGGACAUGGAGCCGAUAAAGUCGCUGGAGGAACUGGUGGACAAGAUCAAGCCUUCGAUUAUAUUGGGUGCCACAGCAGCGGCGGGAAUAUUCAAUGAGAAAAUCAUUCGCACGAUGGCCGCAGCUCACGAUCGACCGGGUAUCUUUGCAUUUUCCAAUCCCACCAACAAGUCAGAGUGCACAGCCGAACAGGCUUACAAAUUCUCAGAUGGUCGCGCCAUCUUCUCGGCGGGUUCCCCCUUUCCGCCAGUGGAGUUCAAUGGCAAACGCCUGACACCCGGACAGGCCAACAAUUGUCUCGCUUUUCCUGGUGUGGUCUUGGGAGUGCUCACUGGCUUGCCCCAAACGAUUCCCGAUGAGAUUUUCCUGCUUGCUGCCCACGAGCUAUCCAAGUUCCCCUCCGACGAGGAGCUGGAAAGUGGAAAUAUCUAUCCCUUGGUGGAGAAGGCCAAGGAUGUGGCCUUUAAAAUAGGCUAUGAAGUGGCCAAGUAUAUAUUUGAUAAUGGUCUUUCGCAAAGAUGUCCACCGCCCGAUGAUCUCUGUGAAUUGUUGCUCAAGAACACGUACGAACUGGAACAUGGCAGCUCUCUGGCCGAGACAUGGAAAUAUCCAAAUGUUAAGCCAAAUCCCUGUCCUGAUGAUCAAAAGCCUCCAGAGAAGAAACCUCUAGAGAAGAAACCUCUAGAGAAGAAAUCUCCAGAGAAGCCUCAAGAGAAGAAAAAGUAGGCCACUUCACUUCCAUU